AUGUCCCUCCCUCUAUCCCUCUAUCCUUCUUAUCUACUAGGCAGCGAAGACCCCUCCUUCAACCCCUCUUUCCUUCUCCCCAUAGACACCGCCGAUGUCUCAACCUCCGACCGCCUCAACAACCAUUUCUUCAUCUCUUCCUCUUGCCACGAUGUCUUAAUCCUCCUUCCUCCUCCCUGCACAAUACCUGUCCCUGACCUCUCCCUGGCCGACGACCCCUCCCUCGACGUCCUCCCGCCUCUCCCCGACGACACCGCUCCCGCAGACGCCUGCCGGGGCCCGGAGACCAGCCGCUGGGACGCGGCGGCGCGGAGCAAGCACAGCUCGGCGUGCAGGGGCAGGAGCCGGCUGACCGCGCAGGAGAAGCUCGACAUCGUCUGCCUCUACUACUCGGCGCCAGUGUCUCCAACGGGGAAACGGUCUAUGCGGCAGCGAGACCUGUCGAGGAUGUACGGCAAGAGCCGUGCGGCGAUCAGCAAGGUGCUGAGGCCGGAGUACGCGAAGGGGGUCAUGACGACGGCUCAAGGGCUCAUGGUCAGGAACCGCAACGAGGUCCUCGAGAGCAUCGCGGAGGAGGAGCGUCUGAAGGAGGAGCCCAUGCAGUCUACCUGGAUGGAAAUGAUGCGGCGAGGGCCAGUGGGAAAGAGGGGGUAG